AUGAUGGAUGAAUUUUUCGAUGGAGUCGCGCGGGAUGGUAAACGCGUGGUGGCCAUCUUUGCUCACGGUCAGAUUGUGCGAAAGCCAAAUUCCGGAGACGAGUUCGUGAUUCGACUCACGCGUGAUAUUCCCAGAGAUGUUCGUCGAGCAUCCGUGCUCAUUCGCACUUCCAACAGAGAAAGCGGGAGCGCCGAUUAUUUGCUUCCUACGUCUCCUCUCGUCGCUGGCGAUGACGUGAACGUGCUACACAUUAGUCCGGACUUGAUGAGUUUGAAGACGCUCGAAAAAUUCAUGCUCGGCGUGUACUCCUUGUCGAUGCGUCGUGAAACGUCAACGAUUGCGCGAGUCCGUGGAGACGGCGUCGUUGAUUCUGACUCUCUCGCUAGCGAUCACGAGGCGCACGCGCACGCGUUCAUGUCAAAACUUGUUGAUGCAUCUAAUGCACGUCAGACGAUUUUGUACGUGCCGGAGAACGAGGGCGGCGGUAACGUUGAGAACAUCGUCGCCAACUGGACGAGGCAACUCCGGGCUGCACUGGGACGGAAUGGAGAUCAAAUCGAAGACGACGUGAAUUCGAGUGAAUUCAUUGAGACAGCGCUUUCUCCGCUCGCCGGUUUGUUACAAUUCUGGCCCAAGCGUGCGGCGAACCUUCGGGGACUUCUCGAGCAGGUACAAUCAGAAGGUGUGAAGGGGAUAUUAAGGCGCCUCGCGUCUCAGAAAAACGCCAACUAUUUACUGGAAGAUAUGGACGCCUUUCGAGAAUCGCUCGAAUACGAGCUUAGAAUCGCGAAGCAGGCGAAUGUAGCGCUCAAGUUGGUGAAACCGUCGUGUGAAAUGCUCAUCACGGCUGAACUAGCGGAUGUACGAGCGAUUCUACCUCGGCUCGCCGACGUCAUGUGCGACGCUUGGGAGGCAAGAUGUUUAGAAGACGAAGAAUCAGCGGAGGAUCUCCACGUCGAACUACUGAAAAGAAUUGGUGAUCAAAUAGCCGCCGUGUGUAAGCGCUCUUUCGACGUCAAGGACAUCGUACGGGAGGAAGAAUCGAGCAGCGACGAUUACGACAAGGCCAUUUGCACCCUUCGGGAAUGCGCAAACGUCGCCGAACUCUGGAAGGAGGUUUAUGUUGAGCGCACCGAAGUUGAAGAUAAAGCUACACCUUGCGUCGAUACUACGACGACGUUCUCGCAUCUGGACGCUUUUUCGCACCGGUGUAAGGAUUUACUGGAAUUGUGUGAGGCGCGCGAACAGUUCGCACCGCCCAUGUCUCGUUCGUUUCCAAGCACGGAUGGCAUAAUCCGUUACAAGCUCGACGCAAGAAUGCAAGUCAUGAAACGCAUUUUCAUCAGCAUCAUUACCGAAGGUUUGGCAAAUAUUGAGUACGACAUACUUGAUGUGUCUACAACCCACUGGCAUGACGAUUUUGCCGCGUUCAAGUCGCGAGUCAAGAAGUUGGAAAUGAAACUCUGCGCGAUUUUCGGCGAAGCUCUAGAGCAAACGACGACACUGAACGCUCGAGCAGAGUUACUGCGCAUUUUGCACACGAGUGUGGCUCGAAGGGACGCGACAAUUCGAGCGUUGGAAUACCACGCGGCGCGGACAUACGGUUCGUUUGCGGAAGAACUGCAAGCGGUGAAGCGUCAAUUUGAUGCACACCGCCAGAAACCUCCGAUCGAGGCAAAGCUCACGCAAACGUUUGGUUCAGUUCAGUGGGCGCGUAAAUUACUGCAUCGCCUCGAAGCUGGUUUCGGUGAGCUGCGACGAGCGCACGCAGAUGGGGCGUUACCGAGUCUACCAGAGUUGAUCGAUUUACUUGCAGGGUAUAAUUUGACCACACCACAAAUUCGUCUCUUCAUCGACGAAAAGUAUUCUGAAUGGGAACACAAAAUGCAUGAGUUGAGUGUGGACGAUCGUCUGCGACAGCCGAUUUUGCGCGUCGAAGAAAGUGGACGAUCGUGUGUGGUGUACGCAGAUGAUUUGCAAAUCGCAUGCAUCGACGCCCGCGCAUUCGCAUCAAUCUCUCGAAAUGUUCCGAUUGGUCUCAGGGAAGUUGCGUUCGGCGAUGUCCAAGCCUCGCAUCACGCGCUUCGCGAGCGACUCCUCGCGUUAGUGGACAGAAACAACUCGUUAUUGGAAGAAAUCCGAGAGGGACAGCACGUGAAACAGCUCUUCGAAGGAAACAUUGGAAUCUUGCACAACCUCUUUCGUGCGGCCGCGACAGAAUUAACGUGGCGAUCUGAAACAUCCGUAAUUGAUCGAUUUUGCACGGAGGCAGACGCAUUUUGCACGUUUUGUCGAGAUAGACUGGUCAAGUUUAAGUUAUUGAGUUCACGAAUAACCCUGGCACUCGAGAAACUCUCUGGCACUCUGUUACAUGGAGAUGUAAACGAUGGCGUGCGCUCCCUGAAUGAGCUGAACAGUGCGUACAAGGAUCGUGUUGAUGAUAUUCGCGAACUCUUUCGGGAUACGAGCGACGCGGUUCGCAAAAUGCUCAGGGAUCAACUUGAUGCCAUCGGGAACGUUGACGCACGAAGUCAACCGUGGGUGAUGUACACAACGCACGUCGAAGAGUCCUUCGUCUAUGCGCUCCGCAAAGUUUUGAUGCGUAUGUUGUCACAUUUUAACACUACGAUGGGGCGACGCGUAUGCGAAUUAAUGCCGCAAAAGCCGAUAGUUCUGAUGCACUUUGACCUGAAGCGCGACGACAGCAGCAAUCAAGUUGAGACAACACCUGGAGUGGCUCAUCUGAGUAACAUGAUACAGGUCCUCUUUAGCGAUGCUCUUGGCGUUUACGAGAGUAUUCCUCAGAUGUCUGCAGAGCGUUCUUUUCACGAGAGACUGGUCGACGAUAAUCGUGAAAUCAUACAUCGGGUUUGGGUGAGUGUGGACGACUCGAUGAAAAUCAUCACUUGCGAACUCACUAAACUGGCGCAGCACUGGGAAGAACGCUAUUGUCAUCUUUGGUCGAAUCAGGCUGUUAAUUUUGAAGAUAAUGCCGCCAUAGAAGCACACGUUCGCCACCUACGAGAGUCCACAGAGGACGUUCAAAGCGAGGAGCAAACUCACGUUAUUGGUUUUGUGCGAGUCGAGUGUGGUUAUCUGAAGCAAAGUUUGCUCUCUCUGUCACGAGCGAACGCGGAGGAGACUAUUGGAAUGUUACGAUCGAAAGCGCAGUCCGAAGUACAAGAGGUGAUUCGCUACUUUUCGUCGAGUUUGGCAGUCUUUGAGCGGACGCCCUCCAACAUUCCUGAGCUUGUCGCCCACGUAGGUGCGAUGGAGAAACUUCGGUCCAGUCUGGAAUCAGUACCAGCGACGUUCGUCAAACCGAGGGAGACUUUUCGCGUUUUGAAUCAGUUUGCAGACAUCACAGAGACAGAGUCCGAACUCUUGGCGUCGAUUGACGGUGAAUUUGAAGAGUUCAAAGCGUUGUUGGAGACGGUCGAGUCAAAUCUUGUUACAACAAAAGACGUGUUCAAAAAGGAGCUGCAAGUGUCGAUAUCGGAUCUUGAAAAGGAUUCAAAGGAGUAUCACACGAAGUUUGCGCUCUCUGCACCCACGCAGACGCACCCUUCUUGCACGCAAACCGCGUGCGACAAUGCGUGGGCCUUCAUCGAGAGCGUCGACGAAGCGCUCACCCUAUUCAACGAGCGCGCCAAGGUGAUCUUGAGCGGACUCGUGGUCUUUAAGGAACUCUCUCAUCCUUUUCUAGAUGAUAUCGAGGAAGUACGAAGUGACUUGGAGCAGCUCAAAUUCCUUUGGCAGGUCGUAAGAGGGUGGAAUACCAUGUAUGAAGGAUGGAAAGAUGGCAAAUUCAACGACCUGGACGUUGAUUCCAUGGAAGGCUCGGCGACAUUGCUGUGCAAAAAAAUAACCAAGCUAGGUCGCGGUAAAGUUAAAAACUGGGGCGCGUGGAUCAGUUUGAAGGAAACGGUUGAUUCAUUCAAGCGCAUUACGCCUCUCAUAAUUGACAUGCGGAACCCAGCGAUUCGGCAGCGACACUGGGAGCUCGUCAUGGAUGCGUGCGGACAGCGAUUCGAUCCAGAAAGCGAUGCGUUCACGUUGGAUAAGGUCGUGGAGCUCGGUCUAGAUCACCAUGCAGAAGCCAUAUCCGAAAUCAGCACGGACGCUACGAAGGAGCUUUCUGUUGAAAAUACACUUCGCGGCAUCGCGAACGAAUGGACAAAUAUAGCUCUCGACACCGGUCCAUUCAAGGAAGGUAGAGACGACGUAAUGAAGCUACGCAGCGCUGAAGAUAUUUUCAAUGCUCUUGAAGAUCACACGGUGACGCUGAGUACUCUGAAAGCGAGCAAGUUCUUUUCUGUUUUUGAGCAUACAAUCACGUCAUGGGAGAAGACGCUCGGGAUGGUGAAUGACGUGGUCGAGAUGGUGUUGAAAGUCCAACUUGCAUGGAUGUACCUCGAGAACAUUUUCAUCGGCAGUGACGAUAUUGCACGACAGCUCCCCAAAGAGACAGAAACGUUCGGUGCGAUCAACGUUCGUUUCAUCGAUGUCAUGCAGGAAAUGCAUCGGACGAGUAACGUUGUCUCGGCGUGCACAGCAGCGCAAGCCCCUGAUAUUAAUGAUACUCCCGACGACAAGCUAUUGUUAGAGCUUAGCGACAUGGACGCAAAGCUUGAACUCAUUCAAAAAUCGCUCGAUGAUUAUCUUGAGUCGAAAAGGCAGGCCUUUCCACGCUUUUACUUUCUGAGUAACGAUGAUUUGCUGCAAAUUUUGGGUCAGGCCAAGGAACCGGAGAACAUCCAACCGCACCUUAAAGGCAUGUUUGAAGGCAUCAAAAAGUUGAAGAUGCAUGCUCCGGAUCCGCUCACCGGCAGGAAGCACUAUGAGUCUGUCGCGAUGACAUCUCCAGACGGAGAAACGAUUCCUUUCGACGAUCCAAUUCGCACGGAGGGACGUCCGGAGGAAUGGUUGAACACUGUAGAGGCAGCCAUGUACGCAGCCACAAAGUCGCAAUUGGCCAGCACAUACGACGCACGCCGCACAAAGGGCGUUAAAAAGGACAAGUGGGUCAAGGAUAAUCCAGGUCAGAUGCUCAUCACAGCUGGCUGCAUCGCUUGGACGACAGAGUGCGAACGCGCGCUACGCGAUCCGGAAGACGUCAAGGAUGCUCUCAAGAAGUUGAGACGGAAAUGGAUUCAAUACCUGAACAAACUUGUUGAGUUGACGCGAACGUCUCUGGAUAAGGUGACGCGUAAAAAGGUGACGGCGCUGAUAACCAUCGAAGUGCACGCGCGAGACGCUAUCGAGAAGCUAAUUAGGAGCGGCUGUUCGUCACCGAGCGAUUUUGAGUGGAUUUCACAGCUGAGAUUUUACUGGGAUCGCGAGACGAAACAUUGCACAGUGAAGCAAGUUCUCAGCGUGUUUGACUACGGAUACGAGUACCAAGGUAACAAUGGUCGAUUAGUGGUCACGCCACUGACCGAUCGAUGCUACAUGACGCUUGGCGCGGCGAUGUUUACUCGUCGAGGAGGUAAUCCACUUGGCCCAGCGGGCACUGGUAAGACGGAAACGGUUAAGGAUUUUGGCAAGGCGCUCGCGCGUUACGUCAUUGUUUUCAAUUGUUCUGACGGUGUAGAUUAUAAGAUGACGGGUAAGAUGUUCAGUGGAUUAGCUCAAACGGGAGCAUGGGCUUGUCUAGACGAAUUCAACCGUAUCACGGUUGAGGUAUUGUCCGUCGUCGCAACACAAAUCAGCGUCGUCAUGGCAGCUGUCAAGCAAAAUUUGACAAUGUUCGAAUUCGAAGGUCAACGCAUUCGUUUGAUUCCAUCUUGCGGUGUGUUUGUGACGAUGAAUCCAGGCUACGCCGGCCGCGCUGAGCUCCCCGACAACCUCAAAGCCAUCGUUCGACCAGUGUCAAUGAUGGUACCUGAUUUUUGUCUGAUUGCUGAAAUAAUGAUGUUCAGCGAGGGAUUCACAAACGCCAAGUCACUGGCCAAGAAAAUGGUAGCAAUUAUGGAGUUGAGUCAACAACAACUCAGCAAACAAGAUCACUACGAUUACACGUUACGUUCAUUCAUUAUUCCUAUUUCUCGCGCCGCGGGAACGAAGAAGCGCGAAACUCCGAACGUGGACGAACAUCUAAUUUUGUUCAACGCCAUGAGAGACUUGAUCAUUCCGAAACUCGUCUAUAUUGACAUCCCACUAUUCAAGGCGUUGAUAACCGACUUGUUUCCCGACGUAAGUGCGCCGCAGGAGGAUUCAGUCGUACUCCGAGAAGCGCUCAUUGAGGAGUGCAAACACAACAACUUACAACCAGAGGACGCAUGGAUCUCGAAGAUUGUGCAGAUUUUUGACUGUAAAACGGCUCGACACGGGAACAUGAUCGUGGGGAAGACUGGAUCGGGAAAAACACGAGCGAGAGAAAUGUUAAUGAAAGCGAUGGCGCGAUUGAAGCAAAAUGGAGUGCACAGCGAGAAUUUCCAGAACGUCGAACUGUAUCCAAUUAAUCCACUCGCAUUGUCAAACGACGAACUUUACGGCUCGUUCGACCAAGCGACACACGAAUGGUCGGAUGGAGUCUUAGCGAAGAUCAUGCGCGACGUGUGCAAAGACGAGUCACCCAAUCAAAAGUGGAUUAUAAUGGAUGGUCCGGUGGAUACGCUAUGGAUUGAAAGUAUGAAUACGCUCUUGGACGACAAUAAAUUGCUGACACUGCUCUCAGGUGAGAGAAUUAUGAUGAGCUCUCAGGUGUCCAUCUUGUUCGAGGUUGAAGAUCUUUCACAGGCGUCGCCAGCGACUGUUUCUCGAGCCGGGAUGAUUUACUUCAACGUUGAAGAUCUUGGAUGGCAACCUUACAUCCUAAGCUGGCAGAGUGAAAGGAAGCUUCAUGGUGAUGCGGAUGAGAUCAUCGAGGAAACGUUGUCGAGGUGCAUCGACAAAUACAUCAACGAAGCGUUGGAGUUCAAGCGCAUGAAGUGCACGGAACUCGUGCAGACUGAUCAGCUUGCAAACGUUCGGCAAUUUACGACGCUUUUUGACGCGCACACAGUUUCGAGCGCCGAGCACGUUGAAGCGAUAUGUGUGUUUUCUCUAGUGUGGUCGAUCGGGGGAUCGAUUGACCAUGCGAGUCGCAUACGAUUCGACGAUAUGCUACAUCGCAUCAUGCCGCCGAAGCUAUUCCCGCACACACCGGCUUCGGCACCAACAGAUGUGACAGUGUUCGAUUUCUAUUACGACAACGACCGUUGCGCUUUCUUGCCGUGGGUGGAGAAAAUACCAACGUACCAUCUCCCUCAUGAAGGAUUGCCGUUCUUUAAAAUUAUGAUACCGACAAUUGAUUCCGUUCGGACGAAGCAUGUCGCGUCGCUCCUGCUUGGCGCUGGCUCAAAUACGCUCAUCGUUGGCAACGUGGGCGUCGGCAAGUCUAUGGUUGUCGAUUCUUUAUUAACUGAACUCCCAGAAGGAUACGUUGGCAGUAGAAUUACGUUUAGCGCUCAGACGAGCUCUAAUUCGCUUCAAGAAACUGUCGAGGGCAAGCUCGAAAAACGUUCAAAAGGGAGUCUCGCGCCUCCCGGAGGACGAAAGCUCGUGCUCGCCAUCGAUGAUUUGAACAUGCCAAAGAAAAGCGAGUUCGGCUUCAUCCCACCGCUAGAACUACUAAAAUUAUGGAACGAUAAUGGCUUUUGGUACGACCGAUCCAAGCAAGAGCGAACUUACGUGAACGACAUGAAGCUCCUUGCGGCCAUGGCGCCACCCGGCGGCGGUCGUAACCAGUUUUCCCAGCGCAUUUUGUCCAUGUUCGCCGUUUUGAACAUGACGGAUCCUUCAGAAUCCCAGCUUGAGAGAAUUUACGGUACGAUACUCGGUGAAAUGCAGUCCGAUUUCGACCAGUCAAUCGCAUCACUCGGCUCGAAUAUCGCAAAGGCCAGUAUCGCCGUGUUCAACUCACUCGUCUGCGAACUCUUGCCAACUCCGACAAAGAGUCACUAUCUGUUCAACACUCGAGAUCUUUCGAAAGUCAUACAAGGAGUCACACGCGCGACGAAACAGUUUUAUGAUUCCAAAGAAUCGAUUCUGCAGUUAUGGAUACACGAAAAUAUGCGUGUCUAUGGCGAUCGUCUGUGGGAUUUGAAGGAUGUAUCAUGGCUUCAGAGACAAAUCGACAGCACGAUGCAAGUACAUUUCGGUACGUCAUGGAACGAAACGUUACCGUCGUCUUUAUCGUCAAGUUCGUCUCAAGUGACGAGGAGUAAGGUCGACGAGGAGUUCCAUCUCUGCCCCCAGUUUGUUUCAUUCAUGCGUCAAGGUGUGGACGCGCCGCCGUACGAAGUUGUCGGUGAUGUGCCAGCACUCAAAGAAUUUCUCAGCGAAAAACUUGAGGAUUACGGACUGGAAGCUGGAAACGCGCCGAUGGAUCUCGUUCUUUUCAGUGAUGCGAUGACGCACGUGUGCCGUAUACAUCGCGUCCUCACUCAACCUCGUGGGCACGCCUUACUUGUCGGCGUAGGAGGAAGUGGACGUAAAUCGCUGGCGCGACUUGCAGCUUACGUGGCGGAGAUGACAUCUUUCUCUAUCGAAAUCACCAAGAAUUACAAGCAACUCGAGUUCAGAGAAGAUAUAAAGGUGUUGUAUCGUCAAACAGGCGUUACUGGCAAGCCGACGGUGUUCAUAUUGGAUGACACGCAAAUUGUCAAGGAGACAUUUCUGGAGGAUGUGAACAACGCACUGACCUCUGGUGAGAUUCCUGGUCUGUUUGCGAAAGACGAAGUGAGCGCUAUUUGUGAAGACAUGCGCAAGAUUGCAAAGGCACAAAAUAUUCGGGCGGUUACUCACGACGAGCUGUUCGCAUUCUUCAUGGAGCGCGUCAUGCAAAACUUGCACAUCGUUUUGUGCAUGUCCCCUGUUGGAGACGCCUUCCGAGAGCGAACGCGAAUGUUCCCUGGAUUGGUUAACUGUUGCACCAUCGACUGGUUCAAUGAUUGGCCGGUGGACGCGCUGAAGGAGGUCGCUGCGAAAAAGUUGCAAGGAGAUGACGUGGAAUCACGAAUAAAAGAUGACUUGUGUGAAAUUUUUGGGAAAAUUCACGCGUCGACAACAUCCGCCGCUGCCGAUAUGUUCUACGCAAUCAAGCGCAAGAUGUACGUAACGCCAACAAAUUAUAUCGAAUUCGUCAACUUUUUCCGAGCGCUAAUGGUUGAAAAGAAGCGAGAGUUGAACACAAAGAUUGAUAAACUCCAAGGUGGUUUGACAAAACUUGCGGAAACCGAGGUUCAAGUUCGCGACAUGCAAAGCGUCUGCAAGGACAAGGCUAAAGUGGUUGCCGAGGCAAAAACGGACUGUGAAAAGCUACUCAAGGUGAUUGUCCAGGACAAACGUGCGGCGGAUGAACAAAGCAUGCGUGUCAGUGCAGAGGCGGAGCGAAUCGAGGUGGAAGCGCAAAAGGCAAAUGUCAUUGCGGAAGAAUGUCAACUUAAGCUGGAUGAGGCGUUGCCAGCGCUCCGUGAAGCCGAAGCUGCGUUGAAUGUCCUGACAAAGAAGGACAUGGGUGAGCUCAAAUCAUACGUCAAACCUCCCGCAUUGGUCGAGUUGUGUUUGAAAGGUGUACUGACCGUGCUCAAGCGUCCGACAACUUGGGACGAAGCAAAAAAGCAGCUGGGAGAUUCAGGCUUCUUAGAGCGCUUGCUCCAUUUCGACAAAGACACGCUCGUCGAUGGAUUAUUGACAAAAAUGGCAAAGUUUGUGAACAAUCCUGAUUACCAACCUGACGUGAUCGGCAAAGUUUCCAAUGCAGCAAAGGGAUUGUGCAAGUGGGUUCACGCGAUGUUUUCGUACGGCAACGUUGCGAGGGAAAUCGCACCCAAGAGGCUGAUGCUCAAGCAAGCACAGGAUCAACUCACAACGAAACAAGAUGAUCUUGCCCUUACGCAGGCGAGUUUGGCGGAAGUUAUGGCUAAAGUGGCGGCGUUAAAGGAAAAUUACGAAAAGUCGGCCUCAAACAAGGCCUCGCUAGAAAGUGAACUCGCCGAUUUGGAGCUCAAGCUCGAACGAGCUGAAGCGUUAGUUGACGGCUUAUCAGGCGAGAAGAAGCGAUGGGCGAGUUCGAUUGAGGAAUUUAGCGAUCAGAUUGUGCGUCUUCCGGGAGACGUUUGUAUCGCUGCCGCUUUCAUGAGUUACGCCGGCGCGUUUCCGUCCGAGUAUCGAACGGCGCUCAUCGUAGACUCUUGGGUGCCGAUGUUGAAAGAGACGGGUAUUCCCUGUUCCAGUGGCUUUGAUUUCGCAAAAUUCCUCGCUGACCCCUCGGAUGUGCGAGAUUGGAACAUUCAAGGCUUGCCUGCCGAUUCAUUUAGCACCGAGAAUGGGGUCAUCGUCACUCGCGGCAAUCGGUGGCCGUUGCUCAUCGAUCCGCAGGGUCAGGGAAACAAGUGGAUCAAGUCGAUGGAAGCUUCGAACGGGCUGAUCGUUACAGCUUUACACGCUCCCGAUAUGGUGCGCCAGGUCGAACACGCCGUUCAAUUCGGCGUUCCGAUCCUCAUACAGGAUAUCAAGGAGACUAUUGAUCCAAUCUUGGAGAAUGUUGUCGCAAAAGCCUUCAUUAAGAAAGGCGGCUCGAUGACGGUGAAGCUUGGCGACAAGGAGCUUGAUUAUUCUUCAAACUUCCGAUUAUAUUUUACCACCAAGAUGAUGAAUCCACAUUACACGCCUGAAGUGAGCACCAAGCUGGCCGUUAUCAACUUCACCGUGAAAGAGCAGGGACUUAAUGCGCAGCUCAGAGAUUUGGUUGUGCGGCGUGAACGCCCCGAGCUGGAUGCACAAAAGAACGAGCUCGUCGUAAAGGUGGCGAGGGGUAAGCGCAAGCUAAGCGAACUUGAAGAUUUGAUUUUGGAUUUACUGAGCAAGGCCUCCGGGUCUCUACUCGAUAACAUCGAACUCAUUGAUUCCCUGACUCGCUCAAAGAACACGAGCGAAGAGGUCACGGUGAGUUUAAAAAUCGCAGAAACCACUGGAGCGGAAAUCGAGCGAGCUGCGGCGGCGUACGCUCCUGCCGCAAUCCGCGCCACGAUGCUGUAUUUCACUUUGUACAGCCUCGCCGAUAUCGAUCCUAUGUAUCAAUUUAGUUUGGACGCGUACACGAGCUUGUUCGACAGUUCGAUAACGAAGUCAAAGAGAAAUACAUCCGCGGGCUCUGAUGAAGUGGAUGCACGCUUGAACGCUUUGAACGAAUACCAUACCUAUGCUGUCUAUCGUUACACUUCUCGCGGUUUGUUCGAAUCACACAAGCUUCUGCUUAGCUUGCAGAUGUGCGUGCAAAUUCAUUCUCAGCUCGGCCGCGUGCCGCCAGAUGAAUGGCAAUAUUUUGUAAGCGGCGGAGAGCGAGGAGCAAGCGGUGCUCAUGACUUCGGCGGCACCGAUAUGCGUGAUGAGACGCGUUCUUGGUUGAAUGAAGAUCAGUGGUCGAACGUACUCUCGCUGUCGAUCAGCUUUGAGAAGGUUCUUGGUACGCUUCCAGAAUCGAUAAAUGAAACGCAUACGAGUGAUUGGGAGGGGUGGUUUCGACACUCCAAACCCGAAACACAAGCGCUUCCAGGUGGUUGGGAAAAAGUGGUGACGACGCUUCAGAGACUCUUAAUUUUGCGGUCACUGAGAUUGGACCGCGUGGAGAGUGGAAUCAGGCGUUACGUCGCCGAGAAUCUCGGACCGAAGUUUAUCGAUCCACCCGUUCUCAAUCUGAAUGAAGUGUACUUUGAUUCAACCUGUGCGGUGCCGUGCAUCUUUGUCCUGAGUUCCGGCGUAGACCCAACGGCAAAUUUGAAGCAAUUGGCGGCGAGCAGAGACAUGAGUGAUAAGUUGUUCUCUGUCGCUCUUGGACAAGGUCAAGCGUCGAUCGCCACGGAGCUCAUCGACCGAGGACGGAAAGAAGGCCACUGGGUAUUUCUUGCAAACUGUCACCUGAUGACCUCUUGGCUGCCAAAACUCCAGGAAAUUAUUGAAAACUUCGAUGAUGAUGCACCGCAUGAAAAUUUUAGACUGUGGUUGUCGUCGAAUCCCACGCCUGAUUUCCCGCUAGCGAUUCUUCAACGCAGCUUGAAGAUGACGACGGAACCGCCCAAGGGAUUGCGCGCGAACUUGGCGCGCUUGUACAGCACGUGCGUGUCGGAUGAAUCAUUCAGUCAGUGUGCAAAAAGAGAUAAAUACGGGAGAUUGUUAUUCUCACUGUCGUUUUUCCACGCACUUCUGCUCGAACGGCGAAAGUUUGGAACUCUUGGGUUGAAUAUUCCGUACGAUUUCAAUGACACAGAUUUCUCCGUGAGUGAUGAUUUGUUGAAGUCGUACCUAGACGGUUAUGAAGAAACGCCGUGGGAUGCGCUACGCUACCUUAUAGGCGAAGCUAACUACGGUGGUCGCAUCACGGAUGAGAUUGAUCGGCGCGUCAUCAAGGCGUAUCUGCUGCAGUUUUUCUGUGAGGACGUUCUGAUGGAGGACGACUUCGCGUUGACUAGCGGCGCCCUGGGGAAGGUCUAUCGCAUUCCGUCGUGCACAAAUGAGCUCAAAAACCAUCGGGAAUUCGUCAACAAGUUACCGCUAAGUGAUCAAGCCGAGGCGUUUGGUCAGCAUCCGAACGCGGACAUCUCUUACAUGAUUGCCGAGAGUGAGGCAAUAUUGCGCGCGUGCACGAAAUUUCAUAUGGCAGAUGCGGGCUCGUCCUCCGCGAGCUCUCAGGCGAGCGCUGCGGCCCAAACCGAGUCUCGCGUCCUGCAGAUAAUCGAAGAUAUGCUUAAAACCGUUCCCGUCGCGCUCGAUUACGAGUCGAUCGCAAACAAGAAGAAGCAUGAUAUGAGUCCGCUCAACGUAAAUCUACUGCAAGAGAUUGAGCGCUACAACACGCUUCUCUCCGGAGUGCACUCGAGCUUGAACGAAUUGAAGAGAGGCAUCAAAGGAUUGAUCGUUAUGUCGAAUGACCUGGAUGAUAUUUUCCACGCCCUAGCCGCGAACAAGGUGCCCAAGAAGUAUCUCAAGGCGUAUCCAUCAUUGAAACCGCUCUCAUCGUGGACGCUCGAUUUAGUUCGACGCGUCGAACAAAUGUCAUCGUGGGCUCACGGCACGUACCCGAAGACAUAUUGGCUCGCUGGUUUCACUUACCCGACGUGCUUUCUCACAUCAGUGUUGCAGGCCAGCGCUAGGAAGGAUUGCAUACCCAUAGACGCGCUCUCAUUCACGUUUUCAAUCGUCGACGAGAAUGUCGACUCGGCGCCCGAUGACGGCGUCUUCGUCAGUGAGCUCUAUCUCGAGGGUGCCGGCUGGGACUGCGAGAAAAAGUGUCUGCGCGAGCCAAACAUGAUGGAACUCAUCGUGAAGAUGCCCGUGCUGCACUUCAAACCGACGGAGAGAAAGAGGAAAUCAUCGGCUCGAGCAAACGUUUUUGAGUGUCCCCUGUACAUGUAUCCCGUGCGUACCGGCACGCGCGAGAGACCCUCCUUCAUCACCAUGGUCGAGCUCGACGCCGGUGAUGCGGGAUCCGAGCAUUGGGUCAAACGCGGAACCGCCUUGUUGCUCUCUCUCGCGAAUUAA